AUGAGCUGGACUCCAUCGUGCUUGAAUUGGAAGACCAUGGCGAGGGUUUACUUCCAGGAAAUGACACAAUCGAGGGCAAUGGGCUUUCAGCAGAAGCAACAAUUUCUACACGAGGACGAGACUCCCCGACUUUGCACUUGGGAGAGUCUGGAGAAGAGAAAUCUCUCAGAUACAGAGAGAGUCCCGUUGAUCUCGGAAGCCGGUCCAGCUGCGUUCGAUGCAGCAAUCAAUCUCCUGCCUCAGUUGCGAAACGAUGUGGGCGUACUGCCGCAAGACUACGCACUCCGUGCAUUAUGCAAUCUUGCGCUAGGGCGAUCCUCUACUAUCUUCCAGUGGAAUGCAAAGAUCUUACGCUUCGAGCAAACUCUCAAAGGCGCCUCAAUCACGGGAGUCAGCCGAGCUUGCUUGGACAGCCUCGCUGAAGAGAUAAUCGAUACUGGAAGCACGAUUGCCAAGCUUCGUACUGUCGCCGAGCGCCAGCGCUACGCAAAGAUUCCAUCUGCCACUCUGGCUUUGAACAGCUGCGUGAGAAGCAUUCUGAAUGCUAUAGACGAGUGCAUGUCUGAACAGCUCAGCAGUGUUCGAUCUGUGUUACAGUUACAGAAUUUGCUAGCUGCACCAAAACGCCUGCUCUCUGUUUUGGAGGCCUUGGUUGAGGCGACGAAACAGUGCGAGUCGGAUGAAAGUGUCAUCUCUGCGGUCUCAGACCACAUAUACGAUCAGGUGCAAACGCAAUACGAUCUCUGCGCAGUGCUCCGAGCACUUCUUGCUAGAGUGAGUGUGCCCUGGCUGGAGCGUCUAGCUACAGAUAUUGGUUUCUGCAGCACUGAAACAGCACUGGCAUCCGGAUACUCGAUCGACAGUGACAACAUGUCAGGCCUGGAACAAGCGAUCACAUUUGUUGAUGCAGAUUACAAGGACCUGAUCCGCGAAACGAAACGUGCAGUCAAGAUUCUACGGACCCAGGAUGAAUACCACUACUUGCUCAGAGGUGAUGAGCAAGCUUUCAAUGCCCUUGUCAAUCCUACUCUGGACCGGACGGAGUUAUUGAACAUAAGCAAGACAUAUGAACAGAUGAUGGCCAACCGCCUUCGAAGUGAUCCGGCAGCAAUCACCUCGAACACCCUCGACAAGCUUGGCCAACCAACUGGAAGGGCCAGGCCAGAAAAUAUCGAACUGGCGACAGAUUUGAGCACAACUCCCCUCGAACGCAUCAGGCCUCUUGUCCAGACACAGCAGCGCCUUGUCAAUGGCAUCCUCCUUCGACGCCUCUUUAGGGAGCACAAUCUCAGACAUCACCUGGAAGUUCAGAAAUCGUAUCAGCUUUUGGGGAAUGCAGAUUUCGUCCUUCGUCUCUCCACGGCUCUGUUCAGUCAAGAGACGCAAUCGGCAGAAAGAAGGCGCGGCGCAACGCUCACAGGAGAAGUCAUGGGCCUACGCCUAGGUGCUACUCACGAAGAGCGCUGGCCACCAGCCAGCUCAGAACUUCAACUUACUCUGAUGGGUAUCUUGAACGAGACAUAUGGGAAGAUUUCAGAAAAGAAAUCUGCAAACGGCGCCGCACUGCCAGGUGGCCUCAGCUUCUCCAUCCGACAACUUCCUGAGUCAGAGAUAGAUCGUGUGUUGGAUCCGAACUCUGUCUAUGCCCUGGACUUUCUUCGACUACAGUACACCACUACACCACCUUUAGACGCUGUCAUCACUUCAGAUACUCUAGACAAGUACGACGGCACAUUUCGCUUCCUCCUGCGACUUCUAAGAGUUGGCCACGUUACUUCGACCUUGAAAAAGGUACUGUCGUCGCAUUGGAAACCAGGACACCCUGACGUGGAAGCAUGCAAAUUCGUCCAGGAAGCUAAUCAGGUCGUAUGCGUUCUGAUGUCCCAUGCGAUGGAAUUGGGCAUUAUCCAGCCUUGGCGAUCUUUCCAGAGAUCUAUCGAUGGCUUGGUUCAGGUGCUCGCACGGGAAGAUGAGGCGGGAGAGAUCGGGACUAAAGUGACCUUGGGCGUGGAAGGGCUGCGAUGCCUGCACGAGCAGUGCUUGGAGAGCAUCAGGGGCAGACUCUUUUUGAAGAGACGGCAGGCCAAGUUGCGUCAAGCUAUCGAGGAUGCGUUGAACGCUAUCCUGAAGGCGACCUUUGCGCUGCAGCGUGACGACAAACAAGUACGGGCCAUCUUCAAAGAUAAUAAGAGCUCGUUCACGCAGUCGACAAAGGAGAUUGUCAAGCUGCUGCAAGAGAUUGUGGACAAGCCGCUCAAGACCAUAAGUGCGGCGGAGGCCGAAGAUAUGGAGGUGAGCAGGAUCCUGCUGUCACGGCUGAAUUGGAACGAGUACUAUACCUGA